AUGACUCUCCGGAUCUACCUCCGACAAAAGCUGUCUCCGAUUCUAGACCUUCGUCAGGAUAGCGACUACUUUGCGCUUCUCAAGUGGCUAUAUGUCAUCAAUGGAGUACAGCUUCAAACCGAACGUCUCUGGUUACGGGCACUAUUCAUGCUCUACCGGCUACUGCUCCCGACGCAAUGCGCCAUCUGGUUGUACAGGGCGUGGGCAGCGGCAUACGUCGCGCACAACACGACACUCGCACUAAGUUUACUAUGCGGCCAGUUUGCCAUUACCAGCAUCAUGUUCCGCUUCAUACUGGUGCUACGCAGCUACAAUCAACUACAGCCCGUUCGCAGCUACAUUAACUCCCGGCGCUUUCUGCGCCACCAUUCCAAAGCGCAAGGAUUAAGACAGCGUGCCUUUCGCACCAACAAUAUCCUCAUCAUCAGUCUGAUGAUGUACGGCAUGAUUAACUUUAUCAUAUACGAAGCGUCCGAUUUGCAGUGGCACGAUAUAUUCCGUAUGCCACCGUAUCUGAUGCAGAUGAACCGUCCGCUAGCGUGGACACUGCAGAUCAUCAUGCAUCCGAUGACACUGAACGGGCUGGGUGCAUUCAUUACGAGUUUUCUGAGCAUGCAUACGCUGCUGACUGGGCUGCAGUCAGAGUUUCUGCUGGUCGAGUUUGCGUUCGUUGGGUUGCUUAAACGUGUGGAGGAACAUGUACUGCAGGGAUCGAUGGAGGAUGCCGGGCGACAACGUUUACUAUGGGUAACAUUUCAUCGUGAGCUUGGUAUUUGUGUGCGGGAGCACUGUGAGGUUGUGAAACAUAUACGAGAGGUACACAGGGUGCACAGUUUCUCCAUCACUGUACAGUACUACACAGCACUUUUGUCGCUCGCCAUCGAUAUCUUCUUCAUCUCGUACCAUGGUUUAGACUUUGUCGCACUGUCGGUGCUCAUCUUCUCCGUACUGCUCGUGUUUGAGUGGUACUACUGCUGCAAACUCGUCGAAAAUCUGCAAGCUACGAACAAACGCAUCGGAUGGACGCUUUACAGCGAUGACUGGCCUGCUUGGCUACAGCAUGGAAAGCAUCAGCAGGGUGCAUUGCGCCAGUUCCGCACCACGAUGAGCAUUGUGCUGCUUGUCUCGCAGCGAAGCUUAUCCUUUCACGGUAGUGAUAUCGUCGAAGUGUCCUGGCAAACCUUUGGAAGUAUGCUGAAAACGAGCUACUCGGUGAUGAUGUUUUUGAUUGAGUUACGAAAGCUAAAUCGCUAAUUGGAGGUGGGUAGAACA